AUGCUUAUCCUUUUUCUAUUUUUUAAAACGAUAGCAAGCACAUGUUCUCUAUUUAAUGUCGAUUGUCAAGACACUGGAGCAUUAAUAACAAAUGUUACCAAUUGGAAUGAUCAUAAUAAUACUGUAUCAAAUGAUUGUGCGCUUUAUCCACCUCGAACUCUUCAAUAUUCAACAUGUUUUGAUGACUUUUCUACUGACACCUCAGUGAAUUUUACGGCACUCGUGGUCGAGUCAAUUUCUAUCGAUAAUACUUCGUUGAUUGUGCAACGAUUAGAAAAAGUCUUCUGCGAAACAAGCAUCGAGGUCAAAGAUGAAAAAGUGCCUUUUUUACUUAGAGGAUCCAGUAUUGCAGGGAAGAUCCCCAUGAUCGACCAGAAUGUCACGCUAGAUAUUCAAGGAGGAGAAACACUUGGUUCCUAUGUCGAUGUCUCAAUCAAGAAUAUAACAGAUGAUGGUCUGUUUAUCAAAGAACUCGUCGACUGUAAUGUUACCUUCGACGAAUUAACAGGGAAAGAUUGA